UUUGUUUCUUGAAAUAAUCAACAACCAAGUGAUGAAGACAAAGUCAAGGGAUGCACUUUAAAACUAGUUCUAUUCUAUGUAUUCCACUUCCCUCCUUCACCAGGGGAGUUUCUACUUCACAACUAUGAUUUCAUUCACUAAUCUUCUUUCUCUUCUUUUCCCUUUGUUCACAACUUCUUUUGUUAGAGUUUUUGCCUCUGAGGUCUCAAUCAAAACAACAAAUUUGUCACCUUUAAAUUGCUCUUCCAAGAUCAGAACAUGUAAUGCCUCACUCUACCACAUAUCCCAAAAUCUCACAAUUGAACAAAUAGCCUCCUUUUACUCAGUUAUUUCUUCCCAAAUCACACCUAUAAUGCAUGGCAUCAAACAAGACUACCUCAUCAGGGUACCUUGUUCAUGCAAAAACACAAGUGGCCUUAGCGGAUACUUUUAUGACACAACCUACAAAGUGAGGCCAAAUGACACUUUUGCAAAUAUUUCAAACCUGAUUUUCAGUGGCCAAGUUUGGCCGGUUAAUCAUACAUUGCAACCAAAUGAGACUUUAGCAAUACACAUUCCAUGUGGAUGUUCAGAAAGUAAGUCUCAAGUAGUUGUUACCUACACGGUCCAGCCGAACGAUACACCGAUGAUGAUUGCUAAUCUGCUAAAUUCUACACUGGCUGACAUGCAGAACAUGAACAAGGUUCUGGCUCCGAACAUCGAAUUCAUCGAUGUUGGUUGGGUGCUAUUUGUCCCUAAGGAAUCCAAAGGGCUACUACUACUACCUAGUGCUACUAGUACUAAUAUUGAAGAAAAGAAACAUAAUAAGUGGACAACAAUAAUCAUUGGCAUCUUAGGGGGCAUGACAUUGCUUUCAAUUGUUACAACGAUCAUUCUCAUUCUCAGGAGAAAUAAAGUCGACAAAAUCAGCAUAGAAGAUUCACGCCUUAUUUCUGGAAGAUCAAUUGCCAAUAAAACUAUUUCCUCAAAGUAUAGUCUUCAUAAGGAAUUUGUGGAAGAUUUAAUUUCAUUUGAAUCAGAAAGACCAUUGAUAUAUAACCUUGAGGACAUUGAAGAGGCUACAAAUAACUUUGAUGAAAGUCGUAAAAUAGGAAGUGGUGGAUAUGGAAGUGUUUAUUUUGGAAUCUUAGGGAACAAGGAGGUUGCUGUGAAGAAGAUGAGGUCUAAUAAAUCUAAAGAGUUCUAUGCUGAACUCAAGGUCUUGUGUAAAAUCCACCAUAUCAACAUUGUGGAGCUGUUGGGAUAUGCCAACGGAGAAGAUUAUCUCUAUUUAGUGUAUGAGUAUGUUCCAAAUGGAUCUCUCAGUGAUCAUCUUCAUAAUCCAUUACUGAAAGGGAACCAGCCUCUUUCUUGGAGUGCUAGGGUUCAAAUUGCACUGGAUGCUGCAAAAGGUCUUGAAUAUAUACAUGAUUAUACAAAAGCACGAUAUGUGCAUCGUGAUAUAAAGACUAGCAAUAUUCUACUUGAUAACAAGUUCAGAGCAAAGGUGGGAGAUUUUGGACUUGCAAAGCUGGUAGAUAGAACAGAUGAUGAAAAUUUUAUAGCAACUAGGCUUGUAGGAACACCAGGCUACCUUCCACCAGAAUCUCUGAAGGAGCUUCAAGUGACCCCGAAAACCGAUGUGUUUGCAUUUGGAGUGGUGCUUUCAGAGCUGUUAACAGGAAAACGUGCACUUUUUCGAGAAAGCCACGAAGACAUCAAAAUGAAAUCACUUAUUACUGUUGUUAAUGAAAUAUUCCAAGAUGAUGACCCAGAGACUGCUAUAGAAGAUGCCAUAGAUAAGAAUCUUGAAGCUAGCUAUCCGAUGGAAGAUGUCUACAAGAUGACAGAAAUAGCUGAGUGGUGCUUGCAAGAAGAUCCAAUGGAAAGGCCUGAAAUGAGGGAUAUCAUUGGGGCAUUGUCACAGAUUGUGAUGUCCUCGACAGAGUGGGAAGCAUCCCUAUGUGGAAACAGCCAGGUCUUUAGUGGGUUAUUUAGUGGAAGAUGAAGAUCCUAGUUUGUAUUAAUUGCUUAAAGUCAUUAGUAAAGUAAACCAUUCCAUGUACAUUGUUAACUGAUUACAUGAUAAUUUGAGUCCCAUGUUUUUUGCUA